UAAACUCUCCAGCAAGAAAUUCCAUCAAAAUGUCCAGCAACAUCUAUAAGCCGGAGCUGGACUUUCCGGAGGUGUACAAGCUCUGUCAAAUGUUUGUGCCCAAGGAGGAUGAUCUGGUGAAGGUGCGCAACAUCAUGGAACGUGAGAUGAUUGCCGGCUUGAGCCGUGAGGGUCACGAUCGGUCCUCGGUGCCCUGCUACUUGAGCUACGUGCAGGAUUUACCGUCGGGCCGUGAGCGUGGCCGCUUCCUGGCCCUGGAAAUGAUGCCCACCAACUGUCGGAUCAUGCUGGUGCGCUUUAGCAGCGAGAAGGAUGUGUACAUGAGCUCCAAGUGUGUCAUUAUACCGCACUCGAUAGCCGCCGCACGUGGCAUGGAGCUCUUCAACUUUCUGGCCUUCAACAUAGCGGCUUUUGUGAAGGACAAAAAAGUGGACAAGGAGAACCUGCCGAUGGGCGUUGCCUUUGCCUUUUCGCUAAACAAACUCUCGCUGGAUGUGGGCAUACUGGUGGCUUGGACAAAGGAGUUUGGCGCCACGGGCGCUAUUGGCAAGGAUGUGGUGCAGAUGCUGCGCGAUGCGCUGGCCAAGUUCCCCGAGGUGGUGGUCAACAUUUUGGGCAUUAUCAAUGUGGCCAUUGGAUCGCUGCUGGCCCUCUGCUGGCUACACCCGGACACACGUAUUGGCCUAGUCAUGGGCAACAUCACCAACUCCUGCUACGUGGAGAACGUCGAGAACUGCCACACCUACGUGGGCACGGACAACAAGCCUUACAUGAUUAUAAACACGGACUGGGCGCACUUUGGCGAUGGUGGACAGCUCGAGUUUAUACGCAACGAAUUCGACAGGGCCCUGGACGAGGCAUCCACCAAUCCAGGCCUUCGCAUCUACGAGAAGUUUAGUAGCGCGCUCUUCCUGGGCGAACUCGCGCGUCGCAUUGUGGUGCGUCUGAUGCGGAAUGGCGCCAUCUUCGUGGGACAACCGCUGGAAGUCAUCGAUCUGCAGUGGAAGAUGGAAAUGUCCGCUCUCUUCGAGAUCGAGCUGGAUCCGCCUGGCGUUUACACCAAGGCGCAGGAGGUAAUGGAUCGCUUCCGCAUGCGCCACUGCAAGGAUCGCGAUCUGGCCGCCUUUCGCUACAUCUGCGACACGGUCGUCAGUCGUGCGGCCAUGAUCCUCGCCGGCGGCGUCGCCUGUCUAAUCAAUCGCAUGCAGCACACACAAAUCUCCAUAUCCGUGGAUGGUGGCAUUUACCGUUUGAACCCCACCUUUGCCGCUGUGCUCAACAAGUACACGCGACUGCUCACCGAUCCGCAGUACAAAUUCGAGUACAUCGUCAAUCAGGAGAGCUGCGGCGUGGGUGCCGCCAUUAUGGCCGGGCUGGCACAUGCCGAUAAGUAUCACGGAGAGUCGAAGAUAUUUGAAUUGGAUUUUUAAAC